AUGGUGUCUGCAACACGAAGAGGGCUCAUCGGAAAGAAAUCAAAGUCAAAGAUGGCACAUGCAACAGGUGAUGCUUCGUCUCCUCACCUAAUCGAUGGAUCGAGUGGUGAAGAACAGAAUCCACCGGUGAUUCAGAGCGAAGAGAAGUUCGGAACAGGAAAGGGGACCGGCAGCGAGAGCGAAUCCUUCGCCACUGCAGAAGAAGGCGGAGACUCAGCAGCCAAAUCGCCGGAGGAUCUUGGAGAAGAAUUUCCUCUUCCCGUGGAAGCUCAGGUUGAAUCGAUGGCACAAGAAGAGGAACACGAGGGUGUGAAUGAGCCCGAGGCAGAAAACAAAGAAAGCCAUCGAGCAGAAACUGAAACACAAGGUGCCGAUCAACUGAGGGAGGAUAAGGAAGCCACAUCGGAGACCCGAAUAGAGGCUGAGUCUGAUGACAAUGAUAAGGUGGUGCCUGAGAAUGAAGAAGAGAUAGGUCAGCCAUCUAAGACAGACGAGCGGCCAGAGGAGAUGUCGGUUCAGGAGCAAAUCGACGAGGUCAAAAGGAAGAGGAGUUUGGCGAUGGUGACUGUCCCAGCUGCCAAGCGAGCUCGAAAAGAAAAGAAGAGAACCACAUCCGCUGAAACCUCAAGACCAGGAGCUGAAUCAACCCCUGCCGCUCCCUGCCCAGAACCUGAAUCGAGUCAUGUCAAGCAGAAAAAGAAGAAGUCCAACCUCAGGAGCAAAAAGAGGGUGGCGUCUGAUGAACGAUUCCAAGUGUUCAAGGAUCGUCAUAUCUGGAGUGAACGAGUUGUAGAUGUGGACGAAGAGGAUGAAUGGAAGUACCUUUAG